UCACAGUUCGUGAGCUCCUCCCUCCACGCGCACCUCGUCACCGGAGCUCGUACCUGCCCUGUCUGCUCCUCCUGCGGUACAAAAGCUCUACGCAUGCGAAAAGACUCUUCCUCUUUGGUCUAACGCUAAGAAAGACACAGCCCAUCAUGGCAGAUGAUCAAGAUUUCGGACAAGGGGACUCUGGGGCCUCCUCAACAUUUCCAAUGCAGUGCUCUGCAUUGAGGAAGAAUGGCCAUGUCAUGAUAAAAUCACGUCCCUGUAAGAUCGUCGAAAUGUCUACCUCCAAGACUGGCAAGCAUGGACAUGCCAAGGUUCACCUUGUCGGAAUUGACAUCUUUUCCGGGAAAAAGUAUGAAGAUAUCUGCCCCUCUACCCAUAACAUGGAUGUCCCAUGUGUUAAAAGAAAAGACUACCAGAUGAUAGGGAUCAUUGACGGUUUCUUGUCCCUGAUGGAUGACGUUGGAGGAACCAGAGAUGACCUUAAAUUGCCAGAAAAUGACUUGGGCAAAGAAAUUGAGAAGAAGUUCAAAGAUGAUGAGACUUUUAUGGUCACUGUGCUAAAAGCUAUAGACGAAGAAAAUGUAGUUGGCGUGAAGGCCCUGACUUAAUAUGUCCAGGACAGUGCUUGGAGACCUCACAUUCCUGUUCUCCAGCAUGGCUUUGAAGCCUUACCAAAGCUACUGGCCUUCACCCCACAUCUCCACCAGUUUCCCUGCCGCUCAACUGAAAUGCGGAAACUGGACUGGGUCAGCUUCGACAACCUUACCUUGGAGUUGGGGCUGACUGGCAUUCUCUUCAAUCAAUGAAGUUAUCCACCUGAAGCCACCACAGCUUAACUUUGCAAUGGCCACUAAUAUUGUUCCAGGAAUUCCUAACACAUUCCAGCUAUCCAUUACAUUCUUUUGAGAGUCUGGGCGAUGGGUUUUCUUUUUGCAAUUAAUUACAUUCAUUCCUUUUUAAAUCUCUCCUGUUGUCCUUUUUCUCUUAAUGAAGUGCAGAGCUGUUGCUGUGAACUUGUUUACAGUUUAGAUGCUUCACCUUGCUUUCAAUUGAAAUUCUCCCCAAAAGGAUUUUAUCUCCACUGGCUGAUGUAACGUCACACAUAAGCGCCAGUUCUAAUUGGUACACAACUCGGAGAAUCUAAAAACAUAACUUCAUUGAUGGUGGGAAUAUGCCUUUCUGCCUCUGACAAUUAAAACAUAUGCAUGCACACUCAUAAUUGACUCGUGUAAACAUGCCUAAGCAGCUAUGACUUUAUAUAAACAUAGUGCUGAGCGGUAUGACCAAAUAUUUGUCUCGUGGUAUUUUUUAGACUUUUUUUCAUGGUAUAUCACUUUUUUCAUGGCUUUGCUGUUAUAUGGGUUUAUAAUGGCUUAUUCUUCUGACAGCAGAACAUAAAAUCUAAAAAUAUUUUAAUGUAAUCAUGUACGCUGAAGGCUGUUGAAGCCCUUCUAUGCUUGGCUGCCCAAAAACCACCAAUAAAGGAAUUGGAAUCAGUUGCAGAAUUAAAAAAAAAAUAUUGUUGUUCAAACUGCAGCAUAGUUAAAACUGAACUUAAAAAUUAUUACAUAGGCCAAAAAUCUUGGCUUAAAAAGAACAUUUUAAGAUUGUUGUAAGAGUGUUGUAUCUCAGUUUGGAUUAAAAUGUUUUUAUAUUUAAUGUACUCCUGACAAUAGAUCACCAUAAGUCACUACAAACCUUUUAUAUGCAGCGUAUUCGAGUAUUGAAAGAGAUUUCUCAAAUGCACAAGUUAGAAACAAGUCUAAUAUUCACAAUAUGUUAUGAAGUAUUUUGUCCCCGAUAAGACGUACUUCCAAUCCAGUGUUUAAUCAUCACUCUGAACCAGUCUUUGUGGACUAUGUAAAGGGAUCAUGUCCUGCAAAGGUGGAUUGUUGUUGCGUUCGUAGUGUCGCACCAGCUUUUCCUGUCAUAUGUAGUGCCCCGAACAUACGCUACUUCAAGCAAUGGCUGACGCUUUGGCUUCCCUUUUUCACAGGCACUACACAGUGACACCAUCAAAUUUGACAAUCCUAAUUGCACGCAUUCUUGUGGUAUUCCCACAUCUCUCCUGCUGAGAUUAUGGCUUAAAUUGUUAGUGCUGCGCACGGCAAUAACAGUAGGUCGACAAACUUAAUAUUACAUCAGAUUUCUGUUUUUGGAAAAACUCUCUAUAAUGAGACACGGUCAGCUUCUCUUGUACCACUACCCACAAUGCUGUUUAGCUGUGUAUUUUUGUCAGUGUACAAUUAGUAAGUGAUAGGUUUUUUUUUUGUGUGUCACGAAUUGUUUGGUGCCAUGGUGUUUUGCCCUGUUUAAGAGCUGGUGCGGGUUAUUAAUUGUGCUAUGAAAAUAUAACUUGGUAAGAUGGGUGUGCAGUUAUUAGGGGUCUCCUCCUUCACUCUACGCAGCCUGCACCGCCUGUAGCGCUCUUUCCUGCCUGUAGAGAAGUUACAUUAAAAGAUUCAGCCUUGCACUGGUGUUUGAAAUAUUCAUAUCAUACCGGAAAUAAGAACCGGUGUUCUUAAUGAACCGGUAUACCGCCCAGCACUAUGUAAACAGCAGAAUUUGAUUUACUUUGCAUUUCUAUUGCAUCAAGCAAGAUGAUUAUAACAUCAGUCCUUUGUAGCAGGGAACUGUGGUGUCUCAGCUGUUCUGAUGCCGAACAGGCCUGGACAGGGGUAGUUGGGUGGGGCCAUUUUCUCUUCUAUGCUAAGAAAUUUUUUUUCCUUUCACUUGAGGCCUUUUAUUAGCUGACAAAUGUACAGAAAAUGAUUUGGGAAGAACAAACACUGAAAACCUUAACUUUUAGCAACAUCACAAUACUAAAGAUCAUGAUAACUUCUUGGCACACAAUAGUGGAAACAACAAACCAUUUUUAUGUCUCGUAAGGCGUAGCCAAAUCUAGAUGGUAGUGUCGCUGUGGGUUAUUAGAGUCAUGGGAGAUGUUGGUGCCCAAGACCAGAACAGAUGAGUGUUAGCAUUGAGCUAUGUUUUGGGUUGCGGGUGGGUGAAACUAGUUGUAGAACAUAAAUUUAAGGGUGUUAGCUCUGUUUGCAGAUUAAUGGGAUUUUAAAGCAUUUUGUGCAUUUUGCACUCUAAAACAGAUUGUGGUUCACGUGGACUUUUAGAAAAUGAUGCUGAAUGGUUCUCUUUGAUUACCUCCACAAAAAACUGUUACUGGGAGACAUCGGGUAAUUGCAAGGAAAUCAGAAUGCAUCUACAUGCACUGCGUUAACGCGGUUGCUGUAGAAACUGUAUUUACAUGUAGGUAGUCAGUUUUUCUCCCCUACCUCCUACCAUAAAAAUUAAAACUGUAAAACAAUUUUAAGUGUAUUUGCAAUAUAUUUGAAGCGCUGCAGCCUGAGUAUAUUUCUUGUUUUUCUGAUUUGAGCAUUUGCACUGCUGGUGCAGUGAGGGGGAUGGACUGUAGUGAAGUCUUUCAAGAAUGCAUGCGCUAUUUAGCUGUGUAUAUUAAUACUAUUAUUAGACUAGGUUUUUUUUGGGAGGGGGGGUUUCUAAGUCUAACUUUGGAUUUUGGCUCUUGGAUCUUCUGCGCUGUUGUCAUAGCAAUACUUUUCCUAUUUCAAGUUUUGGUCAUGAACCUGUGCUCGUGUAAAAACCCUGUUAGAAACACAGUUAAGCGUAUAAUUGGUUGAGAAGUCUGAUUUCUUUAGCAGAAAUUUCUCAGUCCUGUACACCGGGCAAGUGGUGUUUGUAUGACAUUUUACAACAUCAGAUCAGAUUGGUUAAAUGCAUGUAAACACUGAUUUUAUGUUGACAGUGGAAGGUAUUGUGUCCAGCUUUCAAGUUUGUACAACAGCAGCCGGUCUGUUAUUUUUGUUCUGACUUAAAUUCAGCUCAUGUAUUUCUUAAUUUUGUCAAGACACCAAAGUAAUCUAGUCAAUGUUGUUUUAUGCAUUUAACAAUUUUGUUUCUCAGCAUUCCGUUCUUGUUCAACGUGUGGUGUUUUCCCUGAAAAUAUCACAUUAGGAGCUAUGGCAUUAACAACUCUGGUCUUUUCUCCUGGCCAUCUAGAUGUUCACUUAUGGUACCAAACGGCACAAUAAUAGACCUGCAAAAACUAAAGGUAGAAGCCACAUAACUGCACUCAGUGUACUAAUGUUAAAUUUCUUAUUGAGUAUACAUUUCUAUAAGCAGGAGGAAAAAGCUUUUGGCUGACUUUGAAGGCUCUAAAGGCAACAGUACAGUUAAAACUAACCUUGUGCCGUGCAUGCAGUUGAAAUGUCCAGCAUUUUCUUGCAAAAGAGGGUCCCUGCCUGCCUUUGUUAGCACUUAAAUCCUCUUACAGCUUUAGCUCAUAGCGCCUCAAUCUGAUUUUACCACUUUAGGGGGAGUAAUGAGCCUAAGGAGUGUGUAACGUUUUGCAUAAAAAGUGCGGGAAAUGCUGUUUUUGGGUAAACCAGUUUGACCAGUGAGUCAACACACACUGUGGCAUUGUGUUUCGUCCUUAAUUUUGAUUGCAAACAUUUAGUUUCUACAGUACUGCUUCCUAACACGUAUGGUUAGAUUUCCAGAAGUAUCUUCAUCCUAAUUACUAAUCAAUAUUUCAUUUUUAAUGGUAUGAGGUUUUGAAAUUAUUCUCCCUAAUAGAAGAUAAAUGUCUUCCUUAAGCCAUAUGGGUGCCCUGUUACAUGUGUCUUUAGCCAAGGUCAGACGCAGGGGAAUUCGACUCAUUUCUCACCCUCCGAUUAUUAAACUGCCCGUUGCUUCUCAUGUAGCACUGAUUACGACCACACAUCUUGCCGAUGAUCCUCUACCUUCAGCUGUCUCUCACAUGGAGACGAGUAACAGGACUGACCUCUGAAUUUGUUUACGUUUACACUGUAAGAAAGAUGUGCUGUCCUUUUUGGCUUCACAUGCUGAGGAGGGAUCAGAGACUGCUCGGGAUACAACCGCAAAAAUUACACACGAGGGCAGAUUUUCUCAGGGCUCCAAAUAGCAGACAGCAGUGAGGAUACGAAAUGAGAUUAGAAUUAUUUUAUUUUGAGUAGUUUGCCUCACACAUAUAUAAUAUUCUGGUAUUGGAGAGUUACAUUUCCUCUUUUUUGCCCCUAAUCAUCUCUGUUACCUCUCAUCAGACAUCGUCAGCGUUAAGUUUUCUCUGACUUCUAUCUGCUAUUUCAGUUGUCUUACAAGAAACUGGUUUAUUUGUAUGUUUUCGACCACAGGUACAGUGUGUUGUAGUAAAAACGGAAUAGGUGAAUUGCUCUUUUUUCGUUUUGUUUUAGCUAAAGUUUCGAGGGAAAAUGUUACCUUGAGCCUCUUCUAGAACAUAAAGAAACACAGGCUCCUCUAUCCUAACUAAUGUAUGGCUGCUGUCUUAAAAAUCACAACUGUCUGUUUUUAUUGUAUAGGCAAAAUAAAGUUCAUUAAGAUGUUACUGGC